AUGAGUGAAGACGAAAGUGAAUUGGAUGAUUUAACUAUUUCUGAAACUUUUGAAAAUUAUUCGUUGCUGAAAUAUGAACCAUAUCAAGAUGAAGAAGAGAAAUGUCCUAUCAGUGUUCUAACUAUGUUUCAUGAUAACACUCCUGAGACUGCAACAGAUUCUCUAAUAAAAUUUAUGAAAUUAGUUCUAAUUGAAAUCG